AUGUCCAUCUUCGCUCCUGGACAAGCAGGCUUGCGCGUUCCUCCGGGAAUGCUGGUGACGCCUGAACCCUCUCCAACACCUAGUCCUCGCCCGGAUCCGUUUCUGGGAGUGAAGGCGAUGAAAAACACGCUGCUAAAGAGCCAUGGACGGCCGCCUUGGUAUGGGGAGGACGGUCUGCCAAUAUCUAACGCAUUCGUUGUCGGCAUUGCAGGUGGCUCAUCCAGCGGCAAGACUUUCGUUGCUCGCGAGAUUGUACGCGCGAUGGGCUCUAUCCCCACAGUUGUCAUCAUGUCCCAGGACAGCUUCUACAAGAGGCACACGCCAGAGGAAGUCGCCCUGGCGUUUCAGUCUCGCUUUGACUUUGAUCACCCUGAUUCGCUCGACAUGGGACUAUUCGCCGAGUGCUUGUCGGAUCUCAAGCAACUCAAACAGACCAACAUCCCGAUAUACUCAUUCAACCACCAUCAGCGGAUGGACGAGACCAAAUACCUCUAUGGCGCGACCAUUAUCAUUGCCGAAGGCAUAAUGGCCCUCACUGAUCCAGCUCUCCGCGACCUUUACGAUCUAAAGAUAUUUGUUCAAGCCGAUUCAGAUCUGAUGCUUGCAAGGCGUAUUGACCGCGACACGAAGGAACGCGGGCGAGAUGUCGACGGGAUCCUUUCCCAGUACCUGCGCUAUGUCAAGCCAGCCUACGAUAACUUCGUGCUUCCUUCCUCUCGCUAUGCAGACAUUAUCGUCCCCGGACAUGACAACAGCGUUGCCAUCGAACUCAUCUCGACGCACAUCCGGCGACAGCUCGACUCGCGCUCGCGCAAAUUCCGCCGAAAGAUGGCCGCAAGCUUGAAGCGUUCGCUCUCGAGUGACCCAUAUGGACCACCUCGGGAUCUGACUGAGCAGGAGCUCGGUCUUACCGUGGUAGAGCAAACUCCCCAGAUCAAGGGAAUGUAUACCAUCCUUCGCGACCAGACGACUAACCGCGAGGACUACAUCUUCUUCUCUGACCGUCUGUCUACACUACUGGUUGAGAAGGCGAUGGAGAAACUACCAUACCGGGAUAAGGUUGUUGAGACGCCUGUCGGUGUCAAAGCCGUUGGGAAGGAGAUUGACGCAGAGGCUGUCUGCGGAGUAACAAUCCUGCGAUCCGGUGGCCCACUAGAGAUCGGUCUUCGUCGUGUUAUCAACGAUGUCGCAAUCGGUUCCCUACUCGUCCAGUCCGAUCCCAACACAGGGGAGCCUAUGCUCUUUCACGUAAUGUUGCCAGUCUGCAUACGCGAGCGCAAAAAGGCGGAGAACACUUGGGUCUUCCUCCUUGACGCCCAGAUUGGUACGGGCGCUGCGGCAUUCAUGGCUAUCCGUGUCUUGCUCGACCAUGGCAUCAAGCAGAAUCACAUCAUCUUCGUUACAUUCCUCGUUGCGCGCCGAGGCGGCAUCGCGCAUCUGCGCCGCGCGUUCCCGGAGGUACACAUCGUGACUGGCGCCGUGGAUGAAGGGCUGCGCGAGUUGUGGCUUGAGAACACGGACCCGGCCGACGACGAUAUACUCUCGCCCAGCGAAGAGAACUGUCAGAAGGCAUGGGUCAUCCAGCCCGGUAUGGGCCAGAUCGGUGACCGCUACUAUCUCAGUUAA